AUGAUGUCUCAGUCUCUCCGGGCCUCGCGCACCCUCUUCUCCCGUGCCUCUCGGGCACAGGUCUCGGUCGCUCGCCGCACUUUCCUGACCUCCGCCGUCCGCCAGGAUGUCCCCGCUAUAUUCGUCGGUCGCAUCACCGCUAACUUGCAACCCGCCGCAGCCGACCCCGUCCAGGACCUGUACCUCCGCGAGCUCAAGGCCUACAAGCCCACCCCCCUCAAGGCCGGUGAUGCCGAAGAGCACGUCCAGAAGUUCACUGCCCCCAAGCCCCCCCAGUCUCCCGAGGAGGCCAACCUUGCCAGCGAAUUGUCAGCCUACGAGAGCCAGGAGGUUGAGGUCGAGGGCCAGGCCGCCGCUGGCGAGGCCGCCCCCGUCGAGGAGAGCUGGUUCGAGGAGGAGGAAGAGGCUCCCGCUGCCCACUAA